AUGAGCAGCAGCGGCGUGGACGUGGACUGCGAGAGGUGCCAGUGCCACAGCGAAGACAAGCGUACCGCCAUCCUCUACACCCUCCUCAGCCAGAACCUCAACCACGGCCGGGUCAGCCACAGCCCAGCCCGGCAGCGCUGCCACUGCCACCAGCGCCGGACCGUCUGCCUGCGCACGCCCCACAUCACCUGCCAGGCGGCCUCCAACGUGCUGGUAAAAACCAUCAGCUUCAUGAAAAACCUCCCUUCCUUCCGCCUGCUGCCCCGAGAGGAUCAACUCCUGCUGCUCGACAGCUGCUGGGUCCCCCUUUUCCUCCUGGGGCUGGUCCAGGAGAUGGUGACCUUUGAGGUGAUGGAGACCCCGGCCCCCAGCAUGCUCAAGAAGAUCCUCCUCAAUGGCCAAAGCAAACGGCAGGAGCCCGAGCAGACGCAGCCCACGCUGGCCGCUGUGCAGCGCCUGCAGUGCUGCCUCAACACCUUUUGGAGCCUGGACCUGAGCCCCAAGGAGUUUGCCUACCUGAAGGGAGCCAUUCUCUUCAACCCUGAUGUCCCAGGGCUGAGAGCCUCCCUCUACAUCGAGAGCCUCCAGCGGGAAGCCCAGAGAGCGCUUCAGGAGGUCCUGCAGCCCCUGCACCCCGAGGACCAGGGCCGCUUUGCCCGCAUUUUGCUGCUCGCCUCCACCUUAAAAUCGAUCCCUCCCGCCCUCAUCACGGAUCUGCUCUUCCGUCCCGUCAUCGGCGACGCGGACAUCGUCGAGCUCAUUGUGGACAUGCUGUACGAAAUCACGGCUCCCGUUGCCACACGUGACGUGCUGAGCAGCCACGCUCGGCCGCCGGCCCUGGGGAUGCUCCCCGUGCCUCGCCAGGCAGCAAAGUGA